AUGUCCGCUAACACGACCAUUGCCACCAAUUUGACAACGCCACAACCAGCGCCACAGCUGGCUGAUCACGUGCUGGAUAUGUUUUCGCUCAAGGGCAAAGUAGCCGUGGUCACGGGGGCCUCGUCCGGGAUCGGCUACGACGUGGCCAUCGCCCUAGCCCAGGCUGGCGCUGACGUCGCUAUGUGGUACAACUCCAACCCUCACAUCACCGAGGUCGUGGGCGAUAUCUCCAAGAAGUACGGUGUCACGGUGCGCGCCUACAAGUGUUCUGUGACCAGCUCCAAAGAGGUGAAGUCCACCAUCGACCAGAUUUUGAAAGACUUCAACGGUACCAUCGACAUCAUGGUUGCCAACGCAGGUGUGGCGUGGACGCAGGGUGCGGUGCUGGACAUGCUGGCCGAGGGCGACGAAGACGCGUGCGACGAGGCCUGGAACAAAGUGGUGGAUGUGGAUCUCAACGGUAUCUACCGUGUGGCCAAGGCUGUGGGUCCCGUGUUCCAGAAACAGGGUCUCGGCAAUCCCAACAAGAAGGGCACUUUCGUGGUGACAGCGUCGAUGUCUGGUCACGUGGUCAACGUUCCGCAAAUGCAGGCCGCGUACAACGCUGCCAAGGCCGGUGUGCUACAUCUGGCCAAGUCGCUGGCCGUCGAGUGGUCCGGCUUUGCUCGUGUCAACACCGUCUCGCCUGGCUACAUCGCCACCGAGAUCACCAAGUUUGCGGACAGCGAACAGAAGCAGAAAUGGCACAAACUCACCCCCAUGGGCCGUGAGGCCAUGCCACGUGAAUUGGUGGGUGCAUACUUGUAUCUGUGCUCGGACGCCUCCACAUACACCACGGGUACCGAUAUCAUCGUGGAUGGUGGGUACUGCUGCAUGUAG